AGGAGCAGCAGCGGCGCUAGGGGAACAAUAAGCGCUCCGUCAGUGGAGUUCAGCUGAAAGCGGAGGGAUGGAAACGCGGAAUGACGGCUUGUGAAUGGAGUCUGGGGCUGGAACCAGUCUAACGGAAAAAAACACGCCGCCAUUCUUCCUCGCGCACACUGAGAACCAUUAUGCACCAGUGGAGCGAUCUGGGUCAAACACACACACACACCGACCCGCGCGCGCACACGGAGGAGAGUAGAAGAUAAACACCAGACAGGCGCUGCUUCGCAUUUCCCCCUUGUUGGAUAAGGUACGCACCUUCACUUCUGAACCGAACCCGGACGCAUGGGAUGCACAGCGUAUACGGUACUUAAAACAAAACAUAAAUUCAAGCAACACGGGAACAGCAGCUUUUAGGUUCAAGCAAUCAUCUUAAUGGACAAAGUGUGACUAACCUUCAAUGGGUAAGAUCGGUUACUAGGUGCACCCUUGGAUGGAAUGGUGGAAAAUAACAAAGAAAAAGCAACGGCUGUUAGAGAAGGUGCUGAGGGACUUCAGGCACCCAAAGCCACGCGGUGAUUGAACUGAGUGGCCAGGGGAGUUGAGUGGAGCACGUGAGGGACUUGGUUAUCAGUCAUUCAAGCUUUGUUGUUUUUCAUUACUAAUUAACGAUUAUUCGUGCCCCUGCAGUUCCGCGCUCCCGCGGUUUACAUUUGAGCCGUCAGAGGGGGCGCGAGCUAAGGACGUCCGACAUCAGUUGACCUCGAGAGCAGGUGCUUCAGGCACUGAGAUCUCUGCGCAGCGCGUGAAUGCAGGAACAUGCGGGAGAGAGGCAGGGCGCAAGCGGCAGCGCCCAGGUGUGUGUGCCCGUGGCGCCAUCGGCAGGGCAGGGUGGGGCAGCGUUGGGCGGCGGAACUCUGCUGGAGGACAUGCAGGCGCUGUCACUCACCCCGAUCUCCACCUCCGAGCUGCAGCAGCGCUACCAACUGAUUGGACCACUGGGCAAGGGCACCUACGGCCGUGUGGACUUGGUGGCGCUCCGGGGUCAAGGCACCAAGCUGGCCCUGAAGUACGUGAAUAAGGGUAAGACGCGGCUGCGCUCCUUCCUGCGUGAGUACAGCCUGAACGCGGCACUCAGCUGCAGUCCGUUCAUUGUGCAGACGCUCGACGUGCUCUUUGAGACUGAGGACAGCUACGUGUUCGGCCAGGAGUAUGCGCCCGCUGGGGACCUCUUCGACAUCAUCCCCCCACAGGCAGGUCUUUCUGAGGACAUGGUGAAGCGCUGUGUCCAGCAGCUGGGCCUGGCACUGGACUUCAUGCACUCGCGCGCGCUCGUCCACCGCGACGUCAAGCCCGAGAACGUGCUCCUGUUCGACCGCGAAUGCCGGCGCGUCAAAUUGGCCGACCUGGGCAUGACGCGGCGAGCGGGCAGCCGCGUCCGCCGCGUCAGCGGCACCAUCCCCUACACGGCGCCCGAAGUGUGCCAGGCGUCGGGCACCGAGGGCGUGAUGGUGGCCACCGCGCAGGACGCGUGGGCGUUCGGCGUGCUCACCUUCUGCAUGCUGACCGGCAACUUCCCCUGGGAGGCGGCGCUGCCGGCGGACGCCUUCUACGCCGAGUUCCUCCGCUGGCAGCAGGCGGGCUGCCCGACGACCGUCGUGCCCUCGCAGUGGCGCCGCUUCUCCGAUGACGCGCUGCGCAUGUUCGGGCGCCUGCUCGCCGCCGACCCGGACCGCCGCUGUGCCGUCAAGGACGUCUUCUACUUCCUCAAGUACGAGCUGCUCACCCACCACCGCCGGCGCGCUUCCUGUCGGGCGGGGCCCACUUCCUCCUCUCGCGCCGCCCACAGGCACGCUGAGCCCUCCCCGCCGCCCGGGACUUCCUGCCUGCGCCCCGCCCCCCUCAAACGCAGCAUCCUAUCGGAGCCGCACUCUUCCAGGGAGGAGGCAUCCAAAAGCCCAUCCCCUAACCGCAAGGACAAGAGCAAGAUGAUGAUGGCCACACCGAUCGAGAUCUGUGUGUGAUGCACCGCCCUCCUUUACCUCCUCCAGCCUAUCAGAUCACUCCCCAGCAGACUAGCACCCUGCAGGCACCGCCAGCAAGAAUGACACACGCUAGUGUCCGUCUGUGGCACACACACACACACACACACAUACACACACACACACACACACAUACACAGACACACACACACUCAGACACACACACACACAGACACACACACACACACACACACACACAC